UAAUGAUAAAAUAUGCUUUUUUUAUUUUGUCUUUCAACAUAUAUUCAGCAACUUCAGAUGGAUGUGACUCUGUUGAAAUGCUUUUCAUCGAUAAUCCAAAAUUUGCAUUUGUAAACAAUGAAACUGAAUUCAAGUUUGAGGCAAAAAUGAAUUAUACAGUAAAGUUGAGAUUUACUAAUGUUGAUGGUCCAGUGGAAAUCAGAUUAAAUUCUUCCUGGCAUCCUCUAGGGGUUCACCCCAAUACAUUCAAUAUCGAAGGAAACACAGUUGAAGAAAUUUCAUUACUAGCCUGGGUCCCAUAUGUGUACACAGUUGACGUAUAUUGCAGUACGGUACAGCAGAGCAAUUCACUGGGACACGAGGACAGUACACUAACACAAACAAACAGUACACUACUGGACACAAUAAGAGCUAUUGUGAAGAAACCAAGACAAGAACAAGUGUUGACAAAAAUAUUCGGCUUAGUUACAAAUGUUUUAAUGGCCUUUGCAAUGCUAGUUAUGGGGACUGACCUAGAGUUUGAUAUUAUCCUAGCAUACCUCCGCAGACCUAUCGGGCCGGUCAUUGGGAUAAUCUCACAAUUUAUAGGGAUGCCUGUUAUUGCCUAUGUGGUUGGCUACUUGAUUCUUAGUGAGCAGCCGUUUGCCCGACUUGGAUUGUUAUUGAUUGGAAGUAGUCCUGGAGGGUCAGCAUCCAACUUCUGGACAGUUCUUUUUAAAGGGGACAAAAAUUUAUCAGUUACGAUGACCUUCUGCAGUUCUGUGGCAAGCUUUGGAAUGACGACAUUUUGGAUUUACAUUCUUGGAUCUACAAUAAUUUCUGAAGCGUUUGACCUUCCCUAUCUACAGCUAUUUGUAUCUUUAAUCAGUUUGGUUCUACCGAUCUUUGUAGGUCUACUCAUCACAAAGAAAAAACCUAAGUGGGGAGCCAGGAUUCGGCAGUACAGUAGACCAGUGUUUUUGUUUAUUGUCUUAUUAUCAGUAGGAGUAGGAAUAUAUGUUCAAAGAUUCUUUUUUGUGAUGGUUUCAUGGUCGGACUUUGUGAGUGGAAUUCUGCUUAGUGCGUCAGGAUAUCUUCUUGGGGCCUUACUGGCUUUUGCUGCUCGACUCAACAAAUCUCAAAUAAUUGCUGUUGCUAUCGAGACAGCAAUUCAAAAUCCAGGAAUUGCUAUUGUUGUCAUACAAUCCAACCUGGAGUCUCCAUAUAGUGAAAUUGGAAUUCUUCCCGUCAUUUCCUUUCUGUUCACAACAGGGCCUCCUAUGGCGGUUGCUAUUAUCUCAAUGAAAAUCUACGAGUGCUUUAGAAGCAGGAGUAAUGCAUCAAAACUGGAAGAAGCAAAUAUAAAUACAAUAUCGUCUGUUCCCGGAUACUCUGCAGAACAGCCGGGUUACUUGAAGGAACAUCCGGACCCAACCAACCAUGCGGGACACUUGUCGGACAAUCCGGGAUUUGAGGGAGACAAUCCGGAAUCUGGAAAUCUUCCCAACCAUGUUGGUUAUCAAACGGCCGGCUUGGAUACAUAAUUUAAAUGUUACAAUCCUUCCACCCUCCUCCUCCCCCAGCUGGACAAUAUAAGGGUAUCCAUCUGUUUAACAUGAAAGGUAGUUAUAUGUCGAGUUCACUACGCUUUUAAGAAUGUUUUGUCCUAAAAGAAAAGAAUAUAUUGGUGCCAAAGUAAAAGAAACUACAUAGUUUAUAUUAUGGAAACUACUUGCAUUUUAAAUUGUGAUUUUUCAGUGCUUGAAUACGUAUUAAAUGUGCAAUGAAAAUGCUUAAAUGUGCCUAUUUUAAAGGAAAUGUAAAUUUUCAUUUGCCCCCCCCCCAUUUCCACUUCAAGAAUUUAAACCCUAAAAUUUAUUUAAAAAGGACCACUCGAAAUUAUCCUAACAAUUCCUUUUUCCAAUUUUCUUUUAUAACGUUAAGGACUGGAAAUGAUAUUUCAAAUGAUCCUCCAGCCUUAAUUGAUAGAGUGGCAUGUCCUAUUCCCAACGGUACCCUUAAAAGCGUUGUAGGAUAAAGUAUGAAUUUCAUGUUACAGAAGUGUUGAAUGAAUUAACAGAAUUAAACAUGUUUAAGCUAAAAAAACGAUUUUAUCUUCCGCAUUAUUGAUCGUGUGUAGGUUUUACGGGUUAAAAUCUGUAUGUUGUAUCACUUGAAAUGACGCUUACAGUCCCUUUAAGUAACAUUCAUUUACAAAGGAAAUGAGUUUUUGCCACAAAAUCAGAUUUUCCUAUCGCUAUAUCUUUUUAAUCCAAUUGCGGUGACCUUUGAUGGUUCAAAUUAUAAAUUCUGUUAGAUCAAAUAAUCUAAGUUUGAAAUCUCCGGAUGCAGAGAUAUAGUUUAAGUUUGUUGGAAAACUCAGUUUCUUUAAGUUUUAAAUUGAGUUUAAAAAAUUGAAACCAUUUUUAAACUGUAAAAAGUCUCUAACUUUUUCUUAUUUUAAAAGCUGUAAUGACGACUGUACAGUAAAAAAUGUAGAAUGAAGUGCAGCCAAUAAUUUGCAAUUUCUCGAUAAGUUAAAUUUACAUUGACGACUUAUCUUAUAACAAAUAUCAAGUUCCAAAAUACCUUUUUAACGAAUUGAUAACAUAUUAAAAACAUGAGUAUGUAACUGACAAAAUAAAUCCUGAAUGGUACAUGAAAACAUGAAACAAAUUGUAAUUAUAAUGUAUGUAUUAUGUAUAUAAAAAAUGUGCUAAGUUUUU